UCUAUUCUUUAGGCAGGCCUUUGGCGAUCUGUCUAUUAAUCUGUGUCUGUAGUAUAUUCAUAGUUCUGCACAGGCUCUCCUUUGUAGUAUGAAUCCAAGAGAUAUAAAUAGCAACAUGAAUAAAUGAUAAAUAUAAAAACACCGAAUCGACCUCGGAACUCGGAUCAUUAAUUUUCUUCGAAACAAUCUUCGGAUCAAUCUUCGAAUACUUCGUUUGAAUGCAUCAUGCGCAUAACGCAUGACGUUGUUUGACGUUUCCUCGUGAUGACCACAAAUUCUGACAAGUUUCGCUCAUUGUUUGCAGUUGCCCGGCAAACAUGUAGGAUAUGAUUCCAAGACGAUUCUCCCAGUCGCUUGGCCGUCUUCCCCAGUCUGCUCUUCGUCGGGGACAUUGAAUGUCUCGUCAUCAGGUAUCUUCCUCGACUUCCAUGUAAAUAAAAGGACGUUCGGUUCGUUCACCGGAGCAGGUAGCCACAGCACAAAAACAGGAUCGUUUUCCCUGAUUUUAUUUUGUCUCGCGUAUAAAAUUACAUGAUCGCACGACUGCAUAAUCACCACGAUGAAAAUAGCAAAGUCCACCAUCAUUCUCUUGAUCUUUGUGCUGAUGUUGUCCAUCUUCGUGGCGAAUGUAGCUGAUCUUAUCAGCGUUGAUUCUCGUCUACCGGACGAGACGUCGAGAGACAAUAAUGGGGAGACACGAUGGUACCAAACCAAGUAUUACGACAUAGGAAAAUCGAAUGAUCACUUGAUAUGGUUUUUACAGAUAUCUGAUAUACAUAUAAGUAUCUUUAAAGAUCCAUCUAGGGUAUCACAGUUAAAGGAGUUCUGUAAUGUGACGGUAGAUUCAAUUAAGCCUGCAGUUGUUCUUGCUUCAGGUGAUUUAACCGAUGCCAAAAAUAAAGAUGAACUGGGUUCUAAGCAAAUACUCCAAGAAUGGCAAUACUAUAAAUAUGUAAUAGAUGAGACUAAUAUCAAAGAGAGAACGUUAUGGUUGGAUGUCAGAGGGAAUCAUGAUAACUUCAAUGUAGUCAGUCUUGAUUCUAAAAAUAAUUAUUAUUCCAAUUAUUCUAUUCAGGGAAAGAAACAUCCCAGAUCCUAUAUGUAUAAUGUUAAUUUUGGUUCUGAGAUAUAUUCCUUUAUUGCAAUUGAUGCUUGCUUGAAACCUGGCCCUAGAAGACCAUUUAAUUUUGUUGGUAUUUUAGACCAACAGGAGAUUGAUAAGAUACAACAAUUAGUUAAUCAGUCUAAAGAAAGCAAUGCAGAUCAUGCAAUUGUAUUUGGCCACUAUCCUACAUCAUGUAUAUUAUCACAAUCUGAUACAAAUAUCAGGAAUAUUCUAGGUAGAUAUAGAAAGAGUAUGGUGUAUCUAUGUGGCCAUUAUCAUAUGCUUGGCGGUAUGGUACCCAACAUGUACACAUUACAAAAAGCAGGCUUUCUUGAGUUAGAAUUGGCAGAUUGGAAAGACAAUAGAAUGUAUCGCCUCGCAGCAGUAGAUCAUGGCCAAUUCUCAUUCAUUGAUUUAAAGCACAAUGACUGGCCUGUAGCAUUAAUUACCAAUCCAAAAAAUAUGCUAUUUAUGAUGCCGCAAAAAGAAAAUGCGAAAUCCAUUAUUACAUCCACGCAUGUCAGAGUACUAGCGUUUUCUACGGUUCCGCUAAAAACUGUCGAAAUUCAAUUGAAUCAUGAUAUUUGGCAAAAGUGUGAUCAUAUAAAAGGUCCUCUUUAUGUUUUGCCAUGGAAUUCAACAAAAUACAGAGAGGGUAUUCAUCAAAUAACAGUACGUGUAAUUGACAAAGAAAAUAAAGAAAAAGUUGUAUCGCAUCAUUUUUCUCUCGACGGAUCUUGGUUAUCAUCUCGUAUUUUGCCCAAAUUAGUAUUAAUGUUCAACGUCGUUCACAUCUUUCAGUUCCUGUUUGCUGUAACAUUAGCAUUAUCAAUAGUACCACUGUGCUUACUCCGACUUCUUCACAUAUAUUACAAAAAUAGACAUAUGCACAGACCACGAUUACGUAUCAAGUUUUUCCAUUCGUGGCUUAGGAAAUUGUGGGUACUUUCUACUAUUGAUAAAGUGUUUUACGGAUUGGUGCUAUAUUCGUUGUAUUUAACUAUUGGUCCAUGGACUGUAGGAGAAAUAAUCGAGGAUCACAUAGGUGUGAUUUUCGUAUGGGGAAUAUUCAUUGGAAACAGAUAUCUACCAGGUGCUUUCACUUACGCUUACGGAUAUUUUCAAUUAUGCUGUUUUCAUUUACCACUUAUGCUAAUUUUAGCACAUCGAGUCGAUCACAGAUUACAGGAAGCUGAAAAUCCUGCGAGACAGUCCAUGUCGAAAUUUCGUUUAGUUUGGCAGUACAUGGCAACUUUGCUGUUAAUCUUGAUACAAUCUGUUAUGGCCUAUUUUUUAUACCUGGAAUAUGGUAUUAUAGCAGUUUUAUUAUGCCCAUUACGAACUGGGAGUAUCAUCGUAGCAGCAAUAUUGUGUUAUUAUGUGAACACAAUGCCAGUCUCAUGUUUAAGGUCUGCUGCAUCUGUAUGGUCUCCUCAUGGAGCUAUCAACAACAACAAUGCAGUUCAAUAAAAAUUAUAGGAUAAUACAAUUAUGGGGACAAGUUGGUAAGAGUUAACGUUUCAUACAAAUGGUUAUUGCAUUUGCAAUUAUUAAAUUUACAAGAAAGUUUUGAAUAGAUUCUCUAUUGUAAUAUACAUUUUAUUUCUUAAGUAGAGGCACAUUGUGAAAUUAAGAAACCAACUUAGAUAAUAAGGUAUCAAAAAAAUAUCUGAAUAUUUUUGUGUUAAAAAUACUCAAAAUAUUUAUUUUUAUUACAUAUUUUAAGAGUUUUUGAAUACUCUAUUUGCAUUUUCUAAAGAAGUCUAUGUUCCUUUAACAAGUGCCAUAUUAUUUUACAUGUUACAUUAUUCAAAUGUAUUCAUGUAUUAUAUGUAUAAUUAUUCUUAAAAGAUUCUAUUCGUUUUAAAACUUAUAAUUUAUAUUAAUUAUUUUUAAUAUGCAAUAUGCUUUUAAAGCAGAUAUUGCAAUGUGAUAAUUAACAUUAAUGUGAUUCUGCAUUAAUAUAUAGCAAAUACUAUCUUCUACUUCCAUAUUGUCCAUAGUUCAAACUUAAAAGUUCCUUUAUAAAAAAAAGUAAAAUGCCCUUAUUUUUAUUUAUUUUUUAUAUAAU